GACUCUUUGCACCAUCCGCAGCUUGCUUGCGGAUCUGUCAACGUCCUGAUCCCACGGAGGACGGGGCGUAUUGAAUAUUUAAACGCCUCGAACGACUCCGACCAGACUCGUAUCCGAGAGCCUUCUUCGCUCAAGGGGUGGGGGGGCUUUCCCGCCUGAUCUGGCGCCAUGUCUAUCCCUUCUCCAUCACCGUUUGACGACACCUUUGACACCUUUUACAACGCCCAACAAGCUCAGCGUCAAUCCUCAUUGGCAUCUCAAUCGUCCAACUUCUCCAUCGAACAGCGCUUACAUGAUAAUGGAGACCUCGUAGAGGAACCUCAUUCGUUGAGUCGGAGAGGGUCGAAUGCCAGUUUGACAGAGCACGGACGACCGAGGUCUUCCAGUCAAACGGGGAAUCAACAACAACAACAACAUCAUCAUCAUCAUCAUCAUCCCCCAGGCGCUGGUUUAGGGACAGAACCUUGGAGACAGGAGUCAUGGCCUUACGACCCGACGUCCUCCUCGACCUUGAUCGCAACUGCACCACAUCAUGGUCCAGGACCAAAUGCGCCAAAUAUGUACGCCUCAUCCUCAAGCAAUCCCCAAUAUCCAUCAUCCCAACCUCACGAUCAAUCCUGGCAGAUGCCAAUGACCGCUACGGGUCAAUUUGAUCAGUUUCACCAGAACCAACCGAGCCCGUUCUCUAUAUCAACCGGGACACCUGGGACAGAUGGAAGCGCUGGGUACUCCACAGGCGAGGGGUAUCAGGGAACUUUUCAGGCUCAACAGGCGUCCAGUGGUUGGGGUACUGAAUUUGUCAACAGUCAAGAGCCGAACGUUGACGGGUUCAUUGACGAAUUGGAUAGAAUCAUCUCAACUUCAAGUCAUCCAUCUCGCGAACCGUCCCCAGCGCCAUACCAGAACGACAUGCAACGCAACGCCAUGCAAAUGGCUUCAACAUCAAUGUUGGAUCAGCCCUACGAAUCAGCCGUCAGUUCUCGAUCGGCCAGUCCGAUGCCUCAGAACAUCAUUAUGCCACCACCCAGUACUGUACCACAUCGUGCCUCUUCCCCUAAUUCCUCAUCACCGUUCUUCAACAAACCACAAUCUCCACCUGCCCUUAUCAUACCCAGCAACAAUCAGCCAUCCUUUCCCCCCAUCGUCACGACGUCAACGGACGGAGUGACCGGCCAAGCGCAACAAAAUCCUCAGCAUGGUGUCGGUCUGCCGAGACAGAGUAUGGGAGGGUCUAUCGGAUUAGGGAAUGUCAGCGGAGGUCUACAGCCACCAGCCGAUCCUGCUCUUAGGGGUCUGACGGGAAUGGACGGGAUCAGUCCGAUAGCUGCGAAUUCGGAUGGCCCAAUGAUCUUUGUGCAGCCCAGUACGCCAAUAUCGGGGCUAAAGGAGGGUCGAGGAUUGUUUGACGCCGCGCUGCAACGCCAAGCACAGCAGAACCAACAGCGGACAGGCCAGGCUAGCUCGGAGUACAGUGGACGAAGUGGACAAGGCCAGGCAUAUGGGCAGCAAAAUCAACAGCAGUAUGGACACGACGAUCAGGCAAUGUACCAGAAUCAUCCUGGGCAGUGGAACGAUUCUGAAAUGGCUUGGAACGGUCUCAGAGCUAUCAACACGGCGCGUCCGCGGGCAAAAUCGGACUCGUUCAUGAAUAGUCCGACGGGUACAGGCUUCAAUCGUCAAGCGUUUUUCGCCGCCUUGGGAGGUUUAUCGAACGGACAGCCAUUAGAUGAGAAUCAAUUGAGAUCAGUCAUCGAUCACUGGCGCGCGUCCUCGGCCAUGAUGGGAGGAGAUCAAGAUGGUUCACAGCAGGCGCCUGCUCCGACUUUGGACCCUCGUCGAUUGCCCGGUGUUGAGGGCAACAAUGAUAAUAAUAUCCUAGAUCAGGCCAAUCUCGAUCAACAAAUGUCAGCACUGCAAGCUCAACGCAAUCGAUUACCAACGUUGAACACCUCCGGGAUGACUGGAGCGAAGAUCCAGCCUGGACUAAUAUCUCCAACCUCCAUGGCUUUCUAUCAGCAGCUUGGCAUCACUCCCCUGCAGGCCUCUCAAUUGGCUGGGACCGAGUCUGCCCCCUUCUUUCAGUCGACUUUCGAAAACAUCCCCCAAGGUUACUAUCCUCAGACUGCUGCUUUAGGCGGGCAUUUUCUCUCGCCGGACAUGUCUGGACUUGGACCGCGUCGGAAAUCUUUCACUGAGGGUCUGAGUCAUCCCGCCGCUGGGGCUGGUACUCCGGGCUACGGCAUUGAAUUCUCCAGCGCACCAUAUGGAGGUCAGAGUCCAGGUCGGGUACGUGGCGUUGGCGGUACAUCUGGUGGUCAUCGAAGAGGUAUCAAGAGUGAGGAUUGGGGAGUCGGAGGAACAGGCUGGGGCGUGGGUCAGGGCGGCUCAACCGCCGACUUCCUUAACUCCAUCACUGCCAACGACGGCACUCUCUUGCCCCCACGUGGCCGCUCACACUCCCGUCAUUCUUCUGCAUCCUCAGCCAGGUCUGCUUCACCAGCCUUGUCUGUUUCUAGCCAAGGCUCUUCCUACGGUGGUGGAUCGCCGCGGAUGGAAAUGCCUGAAGGCGCUCAGGUACCUGGCAAGCUUGCCAAGCUCAAAGUCACCAGUACGGCGACCGAAGUUGCCAGUACGAGUCGAAGGACAAACGAAGGUGUCUAUAAGUGUCCAGUACCCGGUUGUGGUAGUACAUUCACGCGUCAUUUCAACCUCAAAGGUCAUUUGCGCUCUCACAACGAUGAACGACCAUAUAAGUGUCUCUACGAUGGAUGUCCAAAGUCCGUCGUUGGCUUUGCCAGGCAGCACGAUUGCAAACGUCAUAUGCUUCUACAUGAGGGUCUGAGACCGUUCGAGUGCGAUGGAUGUGGGAAGAAGUUUGCGAGAUUGGACGCAUUGACACGGCAUCAUAAAUCCGAGCAAGGUCAAGAAUGCGCCAUCUCGCAUCCACUUCCUGUCAACCCGGACGGUACCGCCAUGUCGGAAUCUCAAUACAAAGCGUACAAAGCGGCCGAGAGCAAAAUGUCUGGAGGGGCUUCUGGUGGAGGAGGAUCGGGGAAUGGUCGUGGACGUGGGAAAGGUCGCGGAGGAUCAUCAUCCGGAGCCAAGAUUAAACGGGAGCAAUCGCAUUCUGGCCUGAGUGCGUUCAGUGGAUCUGGGGCGGAAGAGGAUCACCCACCAGGUUAUGGGAGCGGGAUGGAGGAGUAUGAUCGCGUCUGAAAUCUUGUUGGUUUCAGGGAAGUCUAGUGCUUGUCCCUCACCGUGUUAGAGUUCUUCUGGAGUGUGUGUGAGACUGAACAAUGGACAAUAGCUCACUCCGGCGUUGUAGAUCAUAUAAAUGUGUGCAAAAGUCUUUAUCUUGACACCGGUUCAGAGCCGGGGAGAUAAGUCCGAUA